AGGAGAUUAAAAUACUCUUUCUCUCUCCCUGCCUCUCUCAGUGGAAGUAUGACCAGAUGUCAGCAACAUAUCUUUUGCUUCAGUCCAAGAAGGCUCAUGGCAAGCGCAUUCGUCUGAGGUUUCCAUGUCCAAUGGGCCAUACCAAUACCACACCGUCAGCAGGACUCAAGUCUGAAAAACCCAUGCCCUGUGAAGAUGUGCCAGACUGCAGUGAAGUGCCACGGGCAUUUGGAUCUAUGGAAUUUUCUGAUACGGCUUCGCUGUUUGAAGAAUCUCCAUUAGAAGAGUUUAUUCUAAAUAAUCACAGAACAAAGCAGCAUUCAGGGCAUGAUGCUCAACUGGUCGAUACAGAAUUCACUCUGUCAACUCCAGUGACAAGAAAAGUGGCAUCAAAGAAGCAUAAAACCAAAGAGAAUGUUGAGGCAGAGUCAGCUGUAAGAAACAAAAGGCCCUUUGUGCUUCCUGCUCCAAAGACUCCUUUUGCAAAGAGUCAGGUUGAGGCACAGGCACAAGCUGUACCCUCUCAGGCCUUCAAAGAGAGCCAGAUCACUACAGUCACCCCGAUUAAGAAACCCACCAACUUAACAAACGCAGAUGAACUGACAGCAGCUGAGGUUCUUCCUGGAAGAAGGUGUCAUUCAGUGGAGUUAGAUAUCAAUUUAGCUCAUGUGGAUAGCAGCCAAAAGAAGAGAAAAGCCAAGAUAUUUGGAAGUCUUGAAAGAGGCCUAGAUAAAGUGAUCACCAUGCUUACACCAAGCAAGAAGAAACGAUCCACUAGGGAUUGCCCAAGGAAACUUAAG